CACAGAUAAGAUAAUAUUGAUUGAUUUUUACUAUUUGAUGGAUUUUACAACACCAGGUGGAGACUGAGACGCUUUGGCUUCACUUCUGAGCAGCGGUCGCGUCCUCCAUCUUUACUCCCACUCUGGGAUUUUGUCUGAGCGCACGUGAAGGCGACACGAGAAACUCGACUCCUUCCGCGUUCACCUGCGGCUCCUCCUCGCGCGGGGACGCUCACACAUGGGCGUCUGUUUGUUCGGCAAAGUGAAAGAAAAGAAAGAGUUUGUUUGUUCCAGUUUCUGCUGCGGUCCCCGGGACAGACGAAGAAGAGCCGAGCAGCGAGAUGAGACGCGAGACAUGAGCUGAAAAAGUUCCAGCGAAGAACAGACGAAGAAAGUUUUGAGUCCGUGUUGUUCUCAAGUCGCGGUUCACGAUGGGAUGUGGCGGCAGCUCCGAGGGCAAACGGGACUGGAAACCGCUGGAGGAGCGCAGCUGCACGGACAUCCCGUGGCUCAUCAUAUUCACGCUGUUCUGUGUCGGCAUGGCAUGUAUUUGUUGCUACCCCAUCGCCACAGGAGCUGCCUCCAGGCUCAUCUCAGGAUAUGACAGCUAUGGUAACACCUGCGGUCAGAACAACACCAAGAUCGAGGGAGUCCCUCUCAGUGGCCAAGACUUGAGAGAAAACAAGUACGUUUUCUUUCUAGAUCCUUGCAACCUUGAUCUCAUAAACAGGAAGAUCAAGUCGAUUGCCCUGUGUGUCUCCAAAUGCCCUGCGUCUGAACUGACGACAUAUGACGAUUUAAAGAAGUUUGCUCUGAAUAACGGCUCCCAUCUCUGCUCCUAUGAUAUUGCUCCUACAAGAUACACAAGACAUCCAGAAAGAUACACCAAAUGUCCCAAACUCCCAGUUUCACGAAGUAAGGCUAUCCCGCUGUUCAACCGCUGUUUUCCUAUGGAAAUCGGCUGCUAUGCCGAGUUUGUUCAGUCAUUCAUCACAUUUGUCAGUGACAACACUGUGCUGCGCCGUGUCAUUGCCGGGGUGAUGGCCAGCAAGGAUAUCAUCAUGGGCCUUUGCAUUCUGGCUUUGGUUCUUUCCCUCAUCAUGAUGGUUGUCAUUCGUUACAUCUCCAAAGUGCUGGUGUGGAUUAUAACCAUUCUGGUAAUCAUCGGCUCUAUAGGUGGGACUGCUGUCCUCUGGUGGCUGUACGCCGACCACAGGAUUGCCUUCGAAAAUAGCACCGCAUCAACGUUUGGGAGCGAAGUCGCCUCGGACAACGUCAAGGCCCUGCUUGUGUAUGCAAUUGGUGCCACCAUUUUCACGUUAGUUCUCCUGCUGGUGAUGUUCUUCAUGAGGAAGCGUGUGGCCCUCACCAUCUCCUUGUUCCAUGUUGCGGGCAAAGUGUUCCUGCAUCUUCCCCUGCUGGUCCUGCAGCCAUUCUGGACCUUCCUCUGCCUCAUGCUCUUCUGGGUCUACUGGAUCGCUGUGCUUCUCUUCCUCGGAACUGCAGGGACACCGGUGAAGAACAACUCAACUGGUACGGUUGAAUAUCAAAUGCAGGGACCUUUUCAGUACUUGGUGUGGUAUCACGCUGUGGGUCUCAUCUGGAUCAGUGAGUUCAUCCUUGCAUUCCAGCAGAUGACUAUCGCUGGGGCUGUGGUCACCUACUAUUUCACAAGGAAUAAGUCCCAGAUGCCAGCUACUCCCAUCCUGUCUGCUAUGGCACGUACCAUCCGCUACCACCUGGGUACUCUGGCCAAAGGCUCAUUCAUCAUCACACUUGUUAAGAUCCCUCGUCUCAUCCUAACGUACAUCCACAGCCAGCUGAAAGGAAAGGAAAACGCCUGUGCUCGCUGCAUGGUGAAGGCUUGUGUCUGCUGUUUGUGGUGUCUUGAGAAGUGUCUGAAAUACCUGAACCAAAAUGCUUACACUGCCACAGCCAUCAACAGCACCAGUUUCUGCACCUCAGCUCGGGACGCUUUUCUUAUCCUGGUGGAGAACGCGCUCCGAGUGGCCGCCAUAAACACUGUUGGCGACUUUGUGCUCUUCUUGGGAAAGGUGCUUGUAGUCUCCUGUACAGCCUUUGCUGGCGUCCUGGCUCUGAACUACCAGAGGGACUACACCGUGUGGGUGCUUCCUCUCCUCAUCGUCUGCGUGUUUGCCUUCCUGGUGGCCCACUGCUUCCUCUCUGUAUUUGAGAACGUGGUCGACGUCCUCUUCCUCUGCUUUGCUGUGGACACAAAGUAUAAUGAUGGCAGCCAUGGAAGGGAGUACUUCAUGGACAAGGCCUUAAUGGAAUUUGUUGAGAACAGUAAGAAAAUGGGUUAUCGCAAGCCAGUAGAUGGAGAUGGACGAGAGAUGAAGCCCAUGACACGUGGAGGAACUGUAGCUUGACCAGGUCUCACACAGAACAUUAAAACCACAAAUAAUUCUCUUACCAGCAUUUCACUACAGGGACACCAGUAAAAAUAAUACUUCAUAUUGAGGCUUAACACAGCUUCCAUGAAAGAUGCUUUAAAUUAUUUAGUUUGUUGAGGAAGAGGGGUUGCAUUUUAACGUUUGACGCUAAUAGCUGUAAAGCAGUUGGGUUUGGGGUUUUUUAUUAACAAGACGGAUUUGUUUUAUCUUUUUCUUUUACACAUGAGUUUUCUCUUUUUAUUAAGCUUUAAAUAAUGUCAAGGACCGAUCUAACAUGGUUUAACAUGUUUGGUUUUCUGCUUUUAGUAAUGUUGGCUGUUGUUCGGUGUACUUUUUGAAAAGGCUCACUGUGUUGUGUCGAGGGCUGUUCAAGUUGUUUAUUACUUAUUAAAUUUUGUACCUGAAACAU